AUGAUCUGUCUUGGUUUUGUGCUGCCCGUCCUUGCGAUCGGCGCUGCCGCCUUUCUGCUCACCUCAAUCGCCCUCUACCUCUUUCUAACCAAUUGGACAGUGUGCUACAACGGCGCGAGUACCGAUGGCCCCGACUUGCUCAACUGUUUCAACGGCAGUGCCGGUGACCUCAUUGCCCCCCUGGUGCGCUUCAUGGUUGCCACGGUGGAGGUCACUUCGCUGACCCCGUACCUCGUCGCCUGCGUCGCCUGGCUGUGGCCCCUCGCCAUCGUCUUCCUCCUCCCCGUGGCCUUCGUUGUCUUCCUCUACUCCACGGCGCUCAUGGUGCAACUCUUCUGUCUCCGCGGGUGGCUACUUCGAGCAUUUCGCGGCGCUGGUGACGCCCAUUUCCCCACGGACGAACUGCUUCGACUGGUGGUCGCGGCGGUUUGGGAGGCGCACGGGCGCGCAUUCCACGGCUACGAGGUGGUUGGCAUGGAGAAGUUGCCUCCCGGUGAGGGAGCCUUUUUAGUCUACUACCACGGCACGCUUCCCCUCGACGCCUACUACUUCAUCGCCAGGCACAUCAUCGUGAGGAAUCGGUAA